AUGGCACGAGGGCGAUACACGGAGGCAAUCGCUAUCUACAACAAGCUGGCGUCGACUCCCUCUCUGAAGGACCGAGUGCUAGUUGGCCGGGGCUCCUGCUACGGUGCACUGGGGCAGUUCGACAAGGCACUCGCUGACCUGUCCGCUGCUCUCUCAAUAAACCCAACAAGCAAAGCCGGCUUCAUGGCUCGAGCAGGCACUUAUUUCAAAAUGAACAAGCUUGUCGAGGCCAUAGUGGACUACUCGCGAGUCAUUGACCUGGACCCCUCCGAUGCCGAAGCAGUCAGGUGGCGAGGCAUCCUCUCCUUCAAUCUCAAGUACUACUAUGCAGCUGAGAAGGACUUUCAGCAAGCCAUUCAGCUCGACCCCUCUCUUCCCUUCGUCUUUAAAGGCCUUGGUCUCGCCAUAGGAGGCAGUGGGAGGUGGCGGGAGUCGUUGGCAGUGUUUGCGGAGGGUGUAAGGCGGCAUUCCCAGGAUGCGGACCUGUGGCAUUCCAAGGGGCGCGCGCACAAGGAGGUGGGCGAGGAUGCGGACCUGUGGCACUCCAAGGGGCGCGCGCACAAGGAGGUGGGCGAGGUGGCCAACGCUAUAGAGGCACUUGAGCGGGCGCUGCAGAUCAGAAACUUUGUGUUCUCUCUUGCAUCUUUCCCGCUUGCUACUUUCCAUCACGUCUUCAACCCUCUCUCCCUCCGUCUCUCCACAGGGCCGCCAUACGCUAUGCAAGAGAGGGGUUGGAGCUGGACAGGGGAGACAUGGAACUCGUUCAUGCCCACGCCAGCAGCCUGCAUGCUCUGGGAGACCUCUACCCACUUUCCCUCACGUCUUCAACCCUCUCUCCCUCUCCCCAUCAGGGCCGCCAUACGGUAUGCAAGAGAGGGGUUGGAGCUGGACAGUGGAGACAUGGAGCUCGUCCAUGCCCAUGCCAGCAGCCUGCAUGCUCUGGGAGACCUCGCCGAAGCUUACCAGUCAGCACUGACACUGCAGCCCAGGGACCAGGAAGGGCAGGCACUCCAACACUCCAUGUUCUACCAGGCAUGUUUCUCAAGUUCAAUCUCCGAUCCAACGGAUGCUGUGCUCUGGAAGGACCAGCUCAAGAAUCGCUUUGCGCAGGGCUUUCGGUCGUCCACGCCCAUCAAGGUGUGGGAUCUGCAGACUGUCAAGUACUACCCCGUCUUCAACAAGUCGUUUGAGGCCAUGCGUGAGGCGCUGCUGGAGUCCGAGCAGGCCUUCACAAACAACCAGCCCAUCGCUGUGCCGCGCAACACACGUGGCGACAUGGUGAGUGGGGUGCGCAUGUCCCAUGAAACACACAUGGCGAUAUGCCGAGUGAAAUGCGCAUGUCUCUUGAAACACACGUGGUGA